CCCAGUCCACCCUGACCCACCCAACUGACCCUAGUUAUUACCCCAAUGGCUCAAUUCCUCCGCUUGUAGCAAAAAUCGGAUAGAAGAAAAUAAAGCUUCCUAUAGAACACUAAGAAAUCGGACCGGAAGAAAGAAGUGAGCUGAGUCGCCGCCCGCAGCCUCCACCGCUAGACGGCGAGUCGCCAACCUGCACGGCUCCACCCUCCAGAUAUAAUUCAAUAUGACUCCUAAACAAUUAUCUGGUGGUCAAAAAAGAAAAAAGAGAAAAUGAGAUGAAGAAAUAAGAAAGUCUCAAGCCAGAGAUCUAUAUAAGUUUAUGAAACAUAAUGCUGAAGACGAAGAAGUAGAAGUAAAAGAAAUGGAAGAGCAAGAGCAUCUACACAUAGAGCAAGAACAUGUUGAAGAGGAAAAUUUUAGAGCCUUUUAGUAUAAUACUUUUAGGGUCUUUUUUCUGUAUCGCCCAGGCUGAUAAUCCUCGGGACCAGCCCUGGUACUCUCCUUCCAUGUUUUCUCCAUUCACCCUCAAUUGUGUUUUCUACCUUUGACCAACCCCAUCCAUCAAUUCUCCCUCUAUCUCGUUCCAAGCAGCAAAUCAAGGCCAUAAAUAGUUACCAAGAGAUGAGAAGUAGCGGAAGCAAGCUAAAAGGAUUGUCCCACUCAAUACUCCUUCCAAGUCCAUUUUACAUCAUUUCAAGUGGAUCCACUUCGAGGCAAAUGCCCCCAAUUAAUUUUUUGUAAUAAAGCUUAAAAAUUUUGGAAAGCUGUAAGUCCGUAUUCUGUAACGGUCUCUUCAUUUAUCUUCCCCACUCUUAGAAAAUUCUUGAUGAAAAUGCACGGCUCGCUUGCACAUCAGAUCCGAAUGCAAAGCUUAAUUUGUGGUCCAAAUUUCUUGUACAAAUCUAGUAAAAACCCAAGACAAUCUCCCAUUUCACUCAAUAGAUCGUCCUUACUUUGGCACUCCUUGCGUCCUUGUCUCCAUAACUUUCAAUUCAAAACCAAUACGAAGAGGAGUUCAAUCGUCUCUGCUUCGAACAGGAAAAGGAGAUCCAUUGGGUCUUCGAGAUCAACUAAGAUCCUGCUGGAAUCGGCGUACUUGGUAGCAUCCUGGCUCAAAAUUCUUCCAGAGCCUUUGGACCUUCUGAUAAGGGAAUUUUGUGGUGGAGAUGGGGGCCGCGGUUUCUUCUCCAGGGGGCGUGGAGGGGGGGAUGGUUCCGGUGGGAAGAGGAAAUGGGAUUGGAUUGUUUUGGGAGUGUUGGUGGUUAUUGGAUUCGCCGUCUUGUCAUUGGCAUUGUGGAGAGAAGUUGAUUUAGGUAUUGCAGUUUUGGGCUUGAUCUUGUUUUUUCUUUCGGUUAGUGUGUGGAGAAGAAGGGUCUUGGAUUGGGUUUUGGGGUUCUGCUGUUGUGCGUUGGGAGGUUUUGUGUUCAAUGAAGAUUUGCAGAGAGGGUUCAAGUUUCCUGAGACAAUGAAGACCGGCAAGCGAAGGAAAAGAAGAUGAUGGUCUUCGCUCUUGAGAGAGAGGGGAGUUCCACAGAUUAAAGGUUUGUUUGCAAUUCUUCUUCUUUUUUUUUAUUUAUGAAGAUGAUAUUUUGAUCUUAAGGUGUUUGCUAAUAUUCCUCUUUGAAAUGGAAUGUACCAAAGGAGUUGAUGGCUAGAAGCUCCUUGUAAUUUGAUUGAGAUUGCUGAUUUCCUGACACAACUCACAAGUGGUUACUAGGGCCUUUUAGUUUUUA